AAGGUUGUUUCAACAUGAAUGAAUGCCUAUGGUUCCGACUGAGCUUGUUGCUACGGGAAACUUAUCAAUGACGGACAAGCUAAGGCAAAAUGACAGCUGAGAAAGAAAACACGAGUUUGAAUGUCAAUGCAUCAAUUGGUAACGACAAUGACGACAAGGACAAACUGCAACUACUCAAAGGUGCAGCUUACCUGACUACUGUGGCCUCUGCUGGAAUGAUAGCAGGAUUCGGCUCAACAUUAGCCUUGGCAAAGAAGAAGAGUCCAAGCUGGUUUAACAAAGGGGUGACCGCCACGGCAGCUCUGCCUGAGUCAGGGGCCUCACUGGCCCUGAGGGCCCUGGGCUGGGGCUCCCUCUACGCUUGGUGUGGUGUGGGCCUGCUUAGUUUGGCCGUCUGGAAGGUAAUGGGAGUCCACAGUUUAACAGAGUUCAGGCAAACAAUGCAGUCGAUCUUCCCAGCGAUUCCUAAGAAUGAGACGGAACAAGCAGAACCUGUGGACUGGGAUUCCAUCUUCCAGUCCAAAUGAAGGGGAUUAUCUGCCUCACCAUUGGUUAAAGCAGACUUCUGUAAAAAGACACUGUGACUGGAGAGACUAUAAUGAAGGAUGUGAGGGAGAGGAGAGAGCACUUCUGGGGAGCUCUUUGUUCCCCUUGUCGUCACUCAGGGAGACCUGUGAUGGACAGCUGCUUAAGGUCAUCUGCACCUCUUAAACACUCCUCUCCCGUGAUGUUCAUGUCGGGCAUCAGUUCCUAAGGGGGCAGGUUUUCAUCAACUCAGAGCUUUGACCGGAAGGCCCCUGAAGUCAAGUCUCAAGCAUCACUAAUAGUUUUGGGCUUCCUGAGCUCACCGUCAUAGCACAAUGCCGCCUUGAUUUGUCCUUUGUGACAGGUGCUGGUUGAACUGGAGUCACUGAGGCUAGAUUCUCACAGAUAAACCUGUAAAUGGAUGUAUUGUGCUUGUAAGGCCAGAAAUAAUAUGACAUUCUUCUGAGUUACUGCUGAAUCAUCUAUUGUCACAGCCAUCUAUUUAUUCUCUGUGUUUGCUGUUCCUAUGUUCAUCAGAGCAGGCUGAACCUUCUUGAACUGUACUGGUUAGUUGUAUAACGAGGUGGAUAAAAAUACUGGUGUCUGCGUCAGUGCAAAUGCG